CUGAAGAAAGCCAGCUACCACGUGGUACCUAUAGUGACGCUCACUUACAAAGCUGUGAGGCUCUUCAUUUCCACAAACUUAAGAUUGAAAGUGGUUCCAAUCCCAAAAGAACUUUAAAAUGACCAAUGAAAAAGCAGACGAUUUUACUGCUGUUCCACGAGACACUAGAGCCCACACCAUGUAACAAUACAUGAAGUUCCUUCUUGCCUACAGAAGCAGAGAAGCACACAUCUGUCAUCCACUCAGGGUACUGCGGCACAAACCAGGCCAUCAUCCCAGCUUUCAGGAGGUAGUGGAAAGUGGAUCAGGAGCUCACAUAAGAGUCUGAAACCAGCCUGGGGUACAACCUUAAUUCACAAGUCAUUCAGCUAAGUUCUGGGGUCCUCUUAUUACACAAAGACUCUAAAUAUAACUGAUUUAAUCUUCCAAUCUGAGAAACUGAGGCUCAAUACAUAACCUAUGGGAAUUGUCUAGAAUCACAUAACAUUAUUAAAUAGCAUAGCAGAACUCAAAUGUUACUCUCCUGAUCAUUCAACAGAAAUUUAUAGCAUACUGAGUCAAAGUUAUAGAUUCAAGUGUGGACACUCUUUCCCUGCAUUAUAAGAGCUCCCAGGCUCUCCUGCUUAGAUUAAGAGAGGUGACUUAAAAGUGAGUCUAAAUCUAACGGCUGAAAAUAGUACAGCUCCUGGCCAGAGAGGCACUGGGAAGACUACAGCAGGUCAGGAUUUUCUUUGAAAAAAAUCCCUCAAAGCAAUGGGAAUGAAUAUGCCCCCACCCCUAAGCCCUCAUGUUUGCUGUCUGCUGGUACACACCUAGAAUAUCUGGGGAAGACAGUCACCGAGGAGGCUUAAACACACCAACCUGGAAAGAGACCAGGGCAAGCAUUCUAAGGCUUUCAGAAUCUUAAUGGGGACUAUGAUCUUCAAAAGGAUGACGGUGGUGUAUCUUCUGUGCCAUUAUCAAUGUCACCUCAGCCAAGCUGACAGAACCAACUUACAAUAAUUUACAUGCUCAAAUGACUGUCAUAGGAUGCUGAGCUCCAGUCAAAGUAUAACAUCCAUAGUCAGCCAUCAGUGACCAUCACUAUCCAUGACAAGCCUUCAAGCUGGAAGCAUCCCAAAAUUAGAAAUACCACACAAAAGUCAUUGUGUGGGUGCAUGUUUGGAUCCUCUUAUGUGUAACAUUUGAUCAAAGUUUUAAAAUUGGCAGCUAACAGAGGAGAAGAAAAUACUGCUCAGUAGGCAUUACACAAGGCCAUACUUUUCGGCUCAAGUGGAAGCUGCUACAAGCUGGACUGCUGACAUCUUCCAGGAUUUACCUUACAGAGAAGUACAAGGCAUCAAGCAAUUAUAUUCCUAGUCAAGCCUACUAUACAGCUUUAAAACCAAACAAAGACCAAAGUUCUUCCUUUGCAAUUAAGAAUGGGGGAGGUACUGUUUCAGGAUCAGAGCUAAUUGGCCCCCCUGCAGACUAAGUGACCAAUCACAUCAGCUUCAGCUGAAACCAGCCCUCACGGACAUUAUAAACCCAGGAAUGUAAGCUGCAACACCAGUCCAAGACGAGAACCUACAAACCACACUGCAGGUUAGAACCACCUGGGCAAAAAGACACGCAUCUGUUAGCUUCCUUAAGACCUUCUUUGGUAGGCUGACCCCACAAAAGAACCGAGAAAUACAGCCUGAGAUGGACAGCAGCAAUUGUAAAGUUAAUGCUCCUCUCCUGAGUCAAAGAUACCGGAGGAUGGUCACAAAAGAUGGCCACAGCACACUUCAGAUGGAUGGUGCUCAAAGAGGUCUUGUGUAUCUUCGAGAUGCAUGGGGAAUCCUAAUGGACAUGCGCUGGCGCUGGAUGAUGCUGGUCUUUUCUGCUUCUUUUGUUGUCCAUUGGCUUGUCUUUGCGGUCCUCUGGUAUGCUGUAGCUGAGAUGAAUGGUGAUCUGGAAAUAGAUCACGAUGUCCCACCUGAAAACCACACUAUCUGUGUGAAGCACAUCACCAGUUUCACAGCUGCAUUCUCCUUCUCUCUGGAGACACAACUUACAAUUGGUUAUGGUACCAUGUUCCCCAGUGGUGACUGUCCAAGUGCAAUCGCCUUACUUGCCAUACAAAUGCUCCUAGGCCUCAUGCUAGAGGCUUUUAUCACAGGUGCCUUUGUGGCGAAGAUUGCACGGCCAAAAAAUAGAGCUUUCUCAAUUCGAUUCACUGACUUAGCAGUUGUAGCUCACAAAGAUGGCAAACCUAACCUUAUCUUCCAAGUGGCCAACACCCGGCCCAGCCCUCUGACCAGUGUUCGGGUCUCUGCUGUACUCUAUCAGGAAAGAGAAAACAGUGAACUCUACCAGACCAGUGUGGACUUCCAUCUUGACGGCAUCAGUUCUGAGGAAUGUCCAUUCUUCAUCUUCCCGCUAACCUAUUACCAUACUAUCACACUAUCAAGUCCUCUAGCUACCCUGCUCCAACAUGAGACUCCUCCACACUUUGAAUUAGUUGUGUUCCUCUCAGCAAUGCAAGAAGGCACUGGGGAAAUCUGCCAAAGGAGGACAUCCUACCUGCCCUCUGAGAUAAUGUUACAUCACCGAUUUGCGGCUCUAAUGACUCGAGGUUCCAAAGGUGAGUAUCAAGUCAAGAUGGAGAAUUUUGACAAGACUGUUCCUGAACAUCCAACUCCUGUGGUCUCUAAGAGUCCACACAGGACUGACCUAGAUAUUCAUAUCAAUGGACAAAGCAUUGACAAUUUUCAGAUUGCUGAAACAGGGCUGACAGAAUAAGACUCAUCUACACCAUCCUACUUCUUAAUGUAUUAAAUAUAUGCAGCCAGCUAUACAGCUAUUUUCCUUCACUGUA